AUGGCAGCUCCCUCCACAACCACAAUUAAGAACCUCACCGGGCAGUGGCAGAUGGACGCAACCCUGUCCGACCCCACCGAUCCCAUCCUCUCUCUACAAGGCAUGAGCUGGUUCCUCCGCAAAGCUCUCCCCUACGCCACCGUCACCCUGCACGUGAAGGAGUACGCCGACGAGGCCAACCCGCAAGUCUACCAUAUCGAUGUUGACCAAGUGAUCACCGGCGGUAUCAACGGAACCCAAGAGCGGCGCCAGCUUGACUGGCAGCAGCGUGACCACACUGAUAACAUCUUCGGCACGCUUCACGGCCGUUCGCGAUUCAUCCGUGGUGUGAAGGGUGCCGACGGCAAGGUUCGCCCAGCCGUCGAGAUCCAGACUAAGGUCGGUGAUGCGGCGGCUGAUGAGAAGGUGGCGAAGUUCCUUCGCGGCGAGAUCCUUGCAGAUGGCUCGGCUUCAGAGGGAUUCCUCGUUGAGGACGAGGGUGCUGAGUUCGGCGAGGGCGAGGGACUCUAUGUGCAGAGCUGGGUUGUGAAUGAGGAGAGCGGCUGGACCGCUGAGCAGGUCUGGUCCAUCGUUUCUUGUGGGAUUUGGGGCUUUGAGUUGGUUAAUGGCACCCUUCGCCACCACUCUCGUCGCGUUGCUGUCACCAAGGGCAAUGGGCACGUCGAAUUGGCACGACUUGUUUACGUCUGGCAGAAGCCUACGCCCUCGGAGGGUCAUUGA